AUGGUAAAAACACUGAAAGAGAUUAGUGAAUUAAUCGACGGGGAGUUAUUAGGGGACGGCGAGAUCGAGAUUAUCGGCGUCUCCGGGAUUAAAGAGGCGAGAGAGCAUGAACUCACGUUUGUCGCCAACUCAAAGUACCUGCGUGAAAUAGAACGUACACAGGCUUCUGCGAUUAUCGUUGGUCAGGACAUUCCCUACGACGGCAAACCGCUUAUUCGCGUUGACAAUCCGUACUUCGCCUUUGUCAAAGUCCUAGAGCUGUUUGCAUGGCGCAAACGGAAAACAACGUACGGUAUUCAUGAGACCGCAAUUAUUGGCGAUAAUGUCCAGAUCGGCGAGAUGGUCUCCAUUCAAGCUUACACCUAUAUUGGCGAUAAUGUCCAAAUCGGUGAUGGGACGAUUAUCAGUCCCUUUGUGUAUAUCGGCGAUGACACAAAAAUUGGCAAUGAAACCCUCAUCUAUCCCAAUGUAACAAUUCGUGAGGAUGUCGAGAUUGGUAAUCGAGUCAUCCUUCACUGCGGGGUCGUUAUCGGCAGCGACGGCUUCGGAUUCGCUUCGGUCAGCGACCGUCACCAUAAAAUACCACAAAUCGGCACAGUGAUCAUCGAAGAUGAUGUCGAAAUCGGUGCAAACACAACGGUUGACCGCGCUACAAUGACCAACGGUGCAACAAUUAUCAAACGAGGCACAAAACUCGAUAACCUCAUACAGAUUGCACAUAAUGUGGUAAUUGGCGAAGAUUGCUGCAUCGCCGCCCAGACCGGUAUCGCGGGAAGUGCUGAAUUGAAAGACCGUGUGACUAUGGCUGGACACUCUGGAGCCGUUGGGCAUAUCACCAUUGGGGCAGAUAGUACCGUUUUUGCCAAAUCAGCGGCGACCAAAGAUCUCCCCGCAGGGAGUUACGUAUCCGGUUUCCCGGCAGAGAACCACGCGCAGCAACUGCGUAUCCAAGCCUCCCUGCGCCGAAUGCCAGAAAUGUUGCAAGCGUUUACGCGGCUCCAAGAGCGUGUCACUCAACUAGAAGCGCAACUUAACACAACCGACGACAAAUCGGAUGAUUCGUAG